AUGGGUCCAGCAGGAAAUUUCCUCAAUGUCUGCCAGGGAGACCGGUGCAUUGAGGAUUACGCCAGGGACUUCGUGGGAGUGGCUCGCCAGUCGGCGACGGAGAGGACCUGCUCAAUGGUCUGUUUCUGGGGUGGCCUAACCGAGCCCUUCAAAUCCCUUAUGCCAUUCUGGCACCCCGAGGAGGCGCUGGAGGACUACGUCAACCUGGCUCUGCAGUUGAGCGGCUCAGCCGUCAGGAUGGAGUUGGCUGCAGAGCCUGCUCACAGUUCUCCCGAGGCGGCAAUCCCAGGGUCGUCAGAGGCCUCGUCUGCUGCACCCAGUACCUCACGCCCGUUCCUGGAGCAUCGCGGGCUGGUACGCAGCGUGCGGGAACCUCCGCUGAUGUCGGUACGAGCGGCGUGGUCUGCUCGCAGAUUCCCCGAGGCAGCGGUGUCCGCUCGCAGUUCCCCCGAGGCGGCGGUGUCCGCUCGCAGUUACCCCGAGGCGGCGGUGGAACUCGCCUCCGUUUUUUUCAAGGCGGCAGCUCCACACACACCGCUGUGGUGGCCGCUGGUUCUGCCCUGGGUGCCCAUCCCACCGGCUCUGCCCCAGUCCCCAGGUCCCCCGCUACCACACGGACCUGGGCCCCCCAUCCCUCCCCCUACUCCAUCCCCGUUCCCCGGGUUGGGCGCUCGGGAACGUCUGGAAGCCGUUCCUUAG